UUUAAGCAAUCAAAGCACAAGGGAGUGUGGUACAGGACCAAUAUGGCUAAUCGCUAUGCACGACUCAGUGCCUGGAUAAAACGCUUAGUGGUGACAUCGGGUGGUAUAUUGGCAAUACACCACAAACCCCGGAGAUGCUUCAUUGCUCAAAUAGAAUACAAGGCAUUGUUCUUAUUCCAAACUGUUAAAUUAGACAGAUGUUUAACAGUACACCGCUAUCCCUUGUUAGCAGGCGGUCUGGAACGCGGCCGCAAUACGUGCCUACGCAGAUUUGCAGCUGUACGUCAGUGUCAAAAUUAGUAAUGGCGGAGUCCGACGAAAUAAAUAUAAUGAUAAAUUAUAACGGGGGAUUCGAGAAAAUAGACCGAAAAAACAGCCGUUACCCUUACUGUAUCGUUUGGACACCAAUUCCUAUACUAACAUGGUUGCUCCCCUUCAUUGGUCACAUGGGGAUUUGCACUUCUGCAGGAGUUAUAAGAGACUUCGCUGGAUCAUACUUUGUCUCUGAGGAUAACAUGGCCUUCGGAAAACCAACAAAGUACUGGAAGCUUGAUGUUGAUAAAGUGUGUGGAGGUGGUUCAGCGGCCUGGGACAAAGCAGUUCACGAGGCCUCAGAGGAGUACAAACGCAGACCGCACAACCUCUGCUGUGAUAACUGCCACUCCCACGUGGCGCUAGCCCUCAACCUCAUGCGCUACGACAACCGAUCUUCCUGGAACAUGGUCAACCUCUGCCUGCAGUCCCUUAUCCAUGGCAAGCAUGUGAGCUGUGGAGCAUUUCUGAAGACCUGGCUGCCCUUCCUUAUGCUGACCGGAGCACUCGUCACCUUCAUCCUAACACUCAAUUUGCACUGACUGAAUGAAGAGAGCCAUGACCAAAAGGGAGAUGUAUUGUUCAGCUGAAAUCACAAAAGUGAAAUGAAAAACAGAGGAUUUGUUGGGACACUUCUUUGUACAGGUUUAGCAUGCCGACUCAAGAAAAAUGUUUAUUGAUAAGACAUUUGCUCCUGAAUUAGGUAAAAGGUAGUUCAAAACAGAACAGCUGGAAGCAACUUUUACUUACAAUGGAUGCUGGAGAGUCAUAAUAAAUUCAUAUUGGUCUCACUGACCUUAAACUUUAUUUACCAAUGUAGGCAGCCUGUCUAGUGCUACCUAUUGUUAAUUACCCCUGCUAAAACCAUCAGCUUAGUUUUACUUUUUCCAACUGUUAAUUGUACUUUGUCACAGUGUCAUAUUGUCAUAGAGUGAAUGCUGAAGGAACAUAAAUGCUUGGGGAAAUGUGUAAUUAUUACUAAAAAAAUAUUUCAUUUGAAAUGUUAAAUAAUCCAUUAUAUUGUCUACAAAACUAAUCCUCACUACACAUUCCAUAAUAUCACAAUGUUAUGGUCAAUAGGCUAUAGUUAUUUAUUGGUAGGGCAAUAGCCUACAAUGUUUACUUUUAUUUAUUUGAACAAAUAAAAAAUAUUUUCCAUAA